AUGAAUCAUUCACGGAUCGCGCUGUUGCUAGGUGACGCUUUGUCUGCCAGAGCUCGGUACCCCGCCCAGCUGCCACGUGACCCCCAUCGCCCUCGCUCAGAAGUCUCCAGCGCCAUUUUUCGUGAGGCGAAAGACACGGUGCCUUACGCCUGCCCUGUCUACAGGAAAACGGAGGGCGCCUUAGAGAACCACGCCGCGUACCGAGGACAAUCAGUUGCAGCCACGCAGAACACAGCGGUCUCCAAGAAAAUGUCUGCCCUGAGGGAACGAGUGAGGGAGACGCGCGCUCUGGCGGAUGGAGGGAUGUGGGAGUCAGGUGACCGGUCAGCUGAUCAGGCGGCUGUCAUGGCUCUUCGUUGCUCUUCUGCUCCGCUACCGGAUUCUCUAUCCGCGGAUAUGCAGAACAUGCGGCUGUUGUCCGGGGAGCAAGUGGGCCAGCUCUGCAGAGUCAUCUUUUCCUUUCUGAAGGAGCAGAAAAAGGUUGACCAGUUCACGUUGCAGUUAGAAGACUUCGCAAAGGACAACGGGAUCAGUUUGGGCCCCCUGAGGAACAUAGUGAGGAGCGUCCUGCUUGUACUGAAUGCUGCUCUGAAAAGAAACCUCAAAGCAGAAGAGCUGCGAGCCGACCUCAUUGUCCUAGGGCUCGAUGAAGACAAGGCUGCCUAUUUUGCAGACCAGUGGAGUCAUGAUGCAGCAGCGUUGUCACGCCUGGCGGUGGGUCGAACGCUCAGUAUUAACCAGUUAGUGGACAUGGAAUGGAAGUUUGGAGUUACUGCAGCCAGUAGUGAACUGGAAAAAGCAGGGAGCAUUUUCUUGCAGCUGAAGAUGGUGAUUAGAAAAGGCAGCCAAUUGGAACCCGUGUAUGUAGAGCUGACCCUGCCGCAGUUCUACAGUUUUCUGCAUGAGAUGGAGCGAGCCAAGAGCAGUCUGGAGUGUUUCACAUGACCAGGCACCUUAGAGUCUUCUAUGAAAACUCCAAUGCAAGGUCCUCCGACGUUGGCUGCCAUUCACCUGGUACUCUGCAAGGGUUCUGAUCGCAGAUUACACUUUGCGGGACUGUCUGGAACACAGGA